AUGCUGGGCAGCGUGAGGUGCCGGGCCGUGCGGGCGCUGGCAGGCGCGGUGAGCGGCGAGGGGGCCGCCCGGGGCGGCUCUGCGGCAGCCGCCGCCAUUCCCCUCCUUCCGCUGGCCGGGCCGAGCGCGCAAGGCCGGGAGCGCGCCCUGUCUGCCGCCGCCGCCGCCCUGCGCGAGGGGGGCCUGGUGGCCGUGCCCACCGACACCGUCUACGGCAUCGCCUGCCUGGCGCAGGACUCGCGCGCGCUGCGGGCCGUCUACCGGCUGAAGGCGCGCGACGGCGCCAAGCCGCUGGCCAUCUGCCUAGCCGACGUGGGCCAGGUGCACAGGUACUGUAAGGUGGCCGUGCCUGAUCAGCUCCUUCACGAUCUUCUGCCAGGGCCUGUUACACUAGUUCUAGAGCGCUCCCAGGCCCUCAACCCGGACCUCAACCCCUUCACACCUCUGGUUGGUGUCCGUGUCCCUGAUUACUGGUUCGUCAAGGAGCUGGCCAGGAUGUGUGGCACCCCCUUGGCUUUAACAAGCGCAAACAUCAGUGCCCAGGGAAGCAGCCUGGCAGUCACGGAAUUCCAAGAGCUUUGGCCUCAUCUAGCACUGGUGGUAGAUGGAGGCCCGAUUGGGGACCUGCAGAGACCGGAGUGCCGUCUGGGCUCUACAGUGGUCGAUCUCUCUGUCCCUGGCAAGUUCAAGGUCAUUCGUCCAGGCUGUGCACUUACCCAGACUGUUGAAGUCCUGGAAAAGAAGCAUGGUUUGACAGCUGAGUCACCUAGUUGAUAAAAUACACAUGAUGUGUGCAACUGAGU